UUCAAUGACAUAUUGUUGCAUUCUUACACCCCUCAAGCACGUCUCAAAAUUUACAAGGGGGUCCCUGCGGCCCCUGGUGACAACAAUUCUUUUAGUUUUUUCCAUUUUUUCUGUCUCCGAAAGACCAGUGUAUUUUCCACUGCCUAUAAAUAUCGCCUCCGCGUGGGCUCUACAUCCGUCAACCUAAAUAUGCACAUUGUUAGUUCUCGUUCGUUUAUAAAAAUCGUCGAUUCAACCCCGUCGAGCCUCUCAGUACGGCCGACACUCCCUUUUUCUUCAAAUUCCAGGUAACUCCAGGUGUUUGCAACCACUUAUUACUAAUUUUUAUCAAAUCUUGACGAAAAAUUGCAUGACUGAUAGACCAGUUGAAGCGUCUCUAUCGUGGGGAAGCGUUUGGGAGCUGAAAAGCUCCGUUGGUCUACCCGAAAUAACCGAGAGCCAGUUGGUCUACUCCCUCUCUCAUUCGUAAACCAAAUUUCUUGAUUCUCUUUAGAAAACCAAGAGUUCCACGUAGACCACUAUUUUCCGACAUUGUUUUUUAAUUCGCGUAGAUCGUAACCACUGCCCAUCUCCCCUAAACCGCCUCUCUACGGCCGGCUAAACGCGUGUUUGACCAUUUAAAAAUGAAAAAAUAAAAAGAGAGACAUUAUUGGAAAUCGAAAGAGUAAAGUGAGAGAGAGAGGGAGAGGGAGGAAAAAAGAGAUUGCCGAGUGGGAGAGGUUUUGGUGGGGUUUACCAAAGUGGAAUUACAAAAGGUGUUACGAAAGCCUCCAGUGCUCCCAGGGGUGUGUUUAAAUGCAAAGUUAUGUGCAGAAUUUAGUUUCCCCCAGUGUAACCAUUCCGGACCAACGAGAGCAAAAAAAAUAUUGAAAACGUGUGUUUCCACUGCAAAUCAGAUUUUCCAUUUUCUUCAUAUUCCCUUAUCAUUACUUCCCUCUAAUUACCCGGGAGUUGGUCGAUGGUUGAGAAUUGACGGCUCUUAUUGAGCAAGAUGAAAGUACAAGUCACUUAGGAUCUCUGAGGCACAGACCAGCCACCACGGAAGUGCCUAAAAUAAACUUAUUUCAACUGCCGUCGUGAUUCACUUGGUUUCGUUGAUAUAUACUCAACAACAUCUCUUACUCCACUAAUCCAAAUUUUACAUCAGCCAAUAAUUAAUUCGACCACUAUUCUCCCGGGCAUCUAGGCAAUCAAUAAAAUAAUUGGAGUAGAAAAUUUAAAUAAUUUGACUGGAAAAAAAAAUUAUUAAAAAAAUUGAAUUGUUUCAAUCUCCCCUGAUUGAAUUCAUCGUUGAGACUCUACCUCAUUGGAUUCAAUUGCGUUGGAUUCAAAACACAGAAUAAAGAGGAAAUAUUGGAGCCUAGAAUCGUUGGACGGUGCUGUAACAAAAUAGAAGCCCGAUAGGUUUAUGUUGAGACUGAGAGCUAAAAUAUUACUCCAGUCUUAAUCUUGAGCGAGUAAAUAGCAUAAAAAGAGUAAGGAAACAAUCGGGAAAGGAAGUGAGCCUUACGCCUGCGCAACAGGGAAAUAGAAGGGGUUGUUGAAUUCCGGAGGAGUUGAAUUCUCCAGCGGUAACAACCCCCGUAGUCUCGAUAGAAUUGCGUAUCCAGUGGGUGUUUGAACCUCGACGGCUACGAGUCGCUAUCCAAUCGCGAUAACAACCAUAAACAUGCAAAGAAAAGGCUGGUUCACGUGACUCCUAGCCCCCCUCCCUCAUUCCUCCCUUAUUUUCCAAUUAUUUUCAUCGUUUCUUCAUUAAUUUGUACAUUAACCGUGAAUUGGAGUGUGCGAAUUAUUUCACUGGGGAAAUAGCGGUAUCUGACACGCACGUCGCGGUACACGAGGUCCGAGGAUGGCCGACAGCGAGGGUGGAUCCGAACAGGAUGACGUAUCAUUCCUUCGUACGGAGGAUAUGGUAUGCUUGUCCUGCACAGCCACAGGAGAAAGAGUAUGCCUCGCUGCUGAGGGUUUUGGUAAUCGUCACUGUUUCUUGGAGAAUAUAGCCGAUAAGAAUAUACCUCCCGACCUUUCACAAUGUGUCUUCGUGAUAGAGCAGGCCCUGUCAGUACGUGCCCUCCAGGAGUUGGUGACGGCAGCUGGUUCCGAGACGCAACAAGAUACCCUAGGGAAAGGUACGGGAUCCGGACACAGAACUUUACUUUAUGGAAAUGCAAUUCUUCUCAGGCAUCAAAAUAGUGACAUGUAUCUGGCAUGUUUAUCAACCAGUUCAUCCAAUGACAAACUCGCGUUUGACGUUGGUCUCCAAGAGCACUCACACGGCGAGGCUUGUUGGUGGACUGUGCAUCCGGCAUCGAAGCAGAGAUCUGAGGGUGAAAAAGUUCGGGUCGGGGAUGACCUUAUUCUCGUAUCAGUUGCCACUGAGAGAUACUUGCACACAACCAAAGAAGAUGAUCUCUCCGUGGUGAAUGCAUCGUUCCACGUUACUCAUUGGUCGGUACAGCCUUAUGGAACCGGAAUAAGUAAAAUGAAAUACGUUGGAUAUGUAUUUGGUGGAGAUGUAUUGAGAUUCUUUCACGGUGGUGACGAGUGUCUGACUAUACCGUCGAGUUGGACUCCUGCGCCCAGCCAAAAUAUUGUGAUAUACGAAGGCGGUAGUGUGAUGAGUCAAGCGAGGUCUCUUUGGAGGCUCGAAUUAGCUCGAACAAAGUGGGCAGGCGGUUUUAUAAACUGGCUCCAUCCGAUGAGAAUAAGGCACCUGACAACUGGACGAUACCUUGGUGUCAAAGAAAAUAACGAACUCUAUUUGGUUGAUAGAAACGACGCUACGAUUGAAACUUCGACUUUCUGGCUGCGCCAGGAAAAAGACGAUCAGAAAAUUAUACUCGAGGAUAAGGAUCUUGAAGUCAUUGGCCUUCCAAUUAUCAAGUAUGGAGACUCAACUGUUAUCAUGCAACAUUCAACGACGUGCCUCUGGGUCUCGUACAAGUCAUAUGAAACGAAGAAAAAAGGAGUGGGUAAAGUGGAAGAGAAACAGGCGGUGCUUCACGAAGAGGGAAAGAUGGACGAUGGUCUUGAUUUUUCAAGGUCCCAAGAGGAAGAGUCAAGGACUGCGAGGGUUAUCAGGAAAUGCAGCAGUUUAUUCACUCAAUUCAUAACAGGCCUAGAAAAUCUACAGAUCGAUCGAAGGGCUUCCAUGUUCUUCCAAAAUGUUAAUUUAAAUGAAAUGGUGAUGUGUCUGGAGGACUUGAUUAAUUACUUCGCUCAACCUGAGGACGAUAUGGAACACGAGGAAAAACAGAAUCGCUUCCGAGCCCUUCGCAAUCGUCAAGAUUUAUUCCAGGAAGAAGGCAUUCUCAAUUUAAUCCUCGAAGCUAUUGAUAAAAUAAACGUCAUCACAUCUCAAGGUUUUCUAGUGGCCCUCUCAGGUGAUGAGAGUGGUCAGGCAUGGGAUCAGAUAUCUGGCUACUUGUACCAACUUUUAGCAGCGAUAAUCAAAGGGAAUCACACUAAUUGUGCCCAAUUUGCCAACAGCAAUCGAUUAAAUUGGCUUUUCAGUAGACUUGGCUCGCAGGCAUCUAGCGAGGGUACAGGAAUGCUUGAUGUACUUCAUUGUGUCCUCAUUGAUUCGCCCGAGGCAUUGAACAUGAUGAGAGACGAGCAUAUCAAAGUGAUUAUUUCCCUGUUGGAAAAACAUGGUCGGGAUCCAAAAGUCCUUGACGUUCUGUGCUCUCUCUGCGUGGGUAAUGGAGUGGCAGUGAGAUCCUCUCAGAAUAAUAUCUGUGAUUUUCUUUUACCUGGGAAGAAUCUUCUCCUCCAAACGCAACUAGUCGAUCAUGUAGCGAGUGUCAGACCGAAUAUUUUUGUUGGUCGAGUGGAGGGAUCAGCGGUUUAUCAGAAGUGGUACUUCGAGGUGACGGUUGAUCACAUCGAGCAAACCAGUCAUAUGAUGCCACAUUUGCGAAUUGGCUGGGCAAACACCAGUGGAUACGUGCCGUAUCCAGGGGGUGGAGAGAAGUGGGGGGGCAAUGGGGUGGGUGACGAUUUAUACUCAUUCGGUUUUGAUGGAGCAUUUCUGUGGAGCGGUGGCAGAAAGACACCAGUAAUGCAGAAUGCCACUGCCCCUUAUAUCAGAAAAAGCGAUGUAAUUGGCUGUGCCCUAGAUCUCACAGUUCCUGUCAUCACAUUCGCCUUCAAUGGAGUUCCUAUUUCCGGCUCGUUUAGGGAUUUCAACUUAGAUGGCAUGUUCUUCCCAGUGAUCAGUUGCUCCUCGAAGCUAUCCUGCCGGUUUUUACUUGGUGGAGACCAUGGAAAACUCAAGUUUCAGCCUCCCGAGGAGUUCUCACCACUAGUGGAGAGUCUACUACCUCAGCAAAUUUUAUCCCUCGAUCCUUGUUUCUAUUUUGGAAAUAUGAAUAAAGUUGUUUUGGCUGGGCCCUGGCUCAUUGAGGACGAUACUGCAUUCGUGCCUGAUCCCAUCGACACCAGUAUGAGCAAUUUGCCUGCUGCUGUUGAGGAUAUUCGCGACAAAUUGGCUGAGAAUAUUCACGAGAUGUGGGCCAUGAAUAAGAUCGAGGCUGGUUGGGUAUUUGGAGAACAGCGAGAUGACCUCAGACGGAUACAUCCCUGCAUAGUCAAGUUCGAGCAUCUUCCUCUUGCUGAGAAACGAUAUGAUACCCAGCUGGCGGUACAAACGCUCAAGACAAUCGUUGCUUUUGGAUAUCAUAUUUCUAAGGAACCACCUCGGACAAGGAUAAGGAACUUGAGACUUCCCAAUGAACCAUUUCUCCAGAGUAAUGGUUAUAAACCAGUGCCUCUUGAUCUAAGCGAUGUGACACUAACACCAAAAAUGGAGGAAUUAGUGGAUCAGCUGGCUGAGAAUACUCACAAUCUAUGGGCAAAGGAAAGAAUCAGCCAAGGCUGGACUUAUGGGCUCAAUGAGGAUUCGGAUAUGAGGAGGAGCCCACACUUGGUGCCUUAUGCUAAGGUUGAUGAAGCUAUUAAGAAAGCUAACAGAGAUACCGCCAGUGAAACUGUCAAGACUCUUCUGGUCAAUGGAUAUAUUUUGGAUCCACCCACUGGUGAUCAGCAUGAAGCUCAAUUACUAGAAGCAAACAAGCUUCGACAACAGUAUUUUCGAACAUAUAGAGUAGAGAAACAUUACGCAGUGAAUACUGGCAAAUGGUACUUCGAAUUUGAAGUAUUAACUGCUGGACCAAUGCGAGUGGGUUGGGCAAAGUCAGACUGUGCUCCAGGGAAUAUGAUAGGAAACGAUGAGAACACAUGGGCCUUCGAUGGUUACAAUGAGGAAAAAGUAUACUCGGGCAACGCCGAAACGUUCGGCAAACAAUGGCAGGUUGGAGACGUUGUCGGUGUUUUCCUGGAUCUUAUUGACCGAACAAUUAGUUUUUCAUUGAAUGGAGAGCUCCUCAUGGAUGCACUGGGAGGAGAAACAUCAUUUGCGGAUGUUCAGGGCGAUUCGUUCGUUCCUGCAUUUACUCUCGGUGUUGGACAGAAAGCCAAAUUCACUUUUGGACAGGAUGUUGAUAGCCUCCAGUAUUUCACUAGUUGUGGACUUCAAGAAGGAUAUGAACCUUUCUGUGUGAAUAUGAACCGACAUGUGACAUUUUGGUAUACCAAAGACCAACCCAUUUUCGAAAACACUGAUGACAUGGUGGAUACUAGAAUCGACGUUGCGAGGAUCCCAGCUGGUUCAGACAGUCCUCCUUGUCUCAAGAUCUCUCAUAACACUUUUGAGACAAUGGAGAAAGCCAACUGGGAAUUUCUCAGAUUAUCACUACCUGUUAUUUGCCAAUCGAGUUUCAUUACCGAAAACGAAAAGGGGCGGCGCGGUGAGGAGAUAAAAAUGAGACAGGACCGAUUGCUCGCCGAGCAACAUGAACAAGCACAGCAGAUUGCACAGCCGUCUGCCCAUAUGGAACAGAUCAUCAAGUCUGGGUUUAGUAUGAGUGAUAUCAAAGGACUUCAAAGAAAUUAUUCUGAGGAUGCAGCAGAAGACAUGCCAAUGAGUGAAUCUCCAAUGCCAAUGAGAAAUCGUCCAUCUAGACCACCAAGGAGGAAUUCCUUGUAUGGCUCUCGUACGCUCAAUAAUGCAAAUAGUGACGCGCAGAUGGUAAAUGGAUACGAAGAGAUGAAUGAGGAUGUCAAAGACGAUAAAAAACUGAAACGUGGAAAAUCACCAUUUCGAUUUUUUUCUCGAAAAGCUAAGUCUCCCGAUGCAAAAGCUAGAACGCCUGAUCCUCUUGCGAGAUCAGAUAUGUCUGACACAAGUGGAAAAGGUGUAUCUGUGGGCAGACUGUCAUCACGACCACCCCCUCAAGUUCGUAUAUCAAAUACUGAUUUGAAAAUAAUACCACCUGCAAUACCCGAUCGCAGUCCAACCGCGCCCAAAGCGAUGUCUGUGAAUUUAACAGGAAGUGGAGUAGAAGCUAUUGGAAAUGAGCUUUACGAUGCUGAAUGCUUAAAACUAAUGAACGAGUAUUUCUAUGGAGUGAGAAUUUUCCCGGGUCAGGAUCCUACUCAUGUUUACAUCGGUUGGGUCACCUCCCAAUAUCAUCUUCACACCAAGGAUUUCAACCUCAAUCGCGUGAGAAAGUCAUCAGUGGUGAUUGUUGAUGAUUACGAUCGUCCCAUUGAACGCGUUGACAGACAAAGUUGCUACAUGGUACGAGCGGAUGAUUUGUACAACCAAGUGACACAGGACGCAUCUGGAAAAGGUGCCUCCCAAGGAAUGUUCGUCGGCUGUUUUGUAGAUACCGCAACCGGAAUAGUCUCCUUCACCUGUGAAGGAAAGCUCACGAGUCACAGGUUUAAAAUGGAGCCAGAUACGAAGCUCUUUCCCGCCAUUUUUGUUGAGGCAACAAGCAAAGAGAUCCUGCAAAUUGAACUUGGAAGGACAUCCACGACUCUUCCACUAUCAGCGGCUGUUCUGCAGAACUCGGAGCGUCAUGUGAUACCUCAGUUUCCACCGAGGCUGAAAGUUCAGUGUUUGAAGCCUCAUCAGUGGGCAAGAGUGCCCAAUCAAUCCCUUCAAGUUCAUGCCCUUAAGCUGUCUGAUAUCAGAGGAUGGUCAAUGCUGUGCGAGGACGCUAUAUCCAUGCUUGCACUGCAUAUCCCGGAGGAGGACAGGUGCAUCGAUAUCCUUGAGCUCAUUGAAAUGGAUAAACUCUUGAGUUUCCAUGCUCAUACUUUAACACUCUACGCAGCACUCUGCUAUCAAUCCAAUUAUCGUGCCGCUCACGCUCUCUGUCUUCAUGUGGAUCAGAAACAAUUGCUUUAUGCUAUUCGAGCUGAAUACAUGUCCGGUCCACUCCGCCAGGGAUUUUAUGAUCUUCUCAUUGCUCUGCAUCUCGAAUCUCAUGCUACUACUAUGGAAGUUUGCAAGAAUGAAUACAUAAUUCCUCUAGGGCAAGGAUUGAAAGAUCUCUAUGAGAACGUGGAAAUGAGACAUAGUUUACGGUAUUUGGAAACAGAAUCUGUACGUCCCCAGAUGAAGAUGACGGAUAUUAAAGUCCUUCCUUCCAGUGAGAACCAGAGUAUCGAGAACAUCCGGAGUCUCUACAGUCCCUUCUUUCCACUUGAUAUUGUUCGUGACUAUGUAAUGAUGGCACUGAAGGAAGCGGUCGAAGUGAAUCAGGUGCACAAUCGUGAUCCCAUCGGUGGCAGCAACGAGAAUCUCUUCUUGCCUUUGAUAAAACUUGUAGAUCGCUUACUUCUCGUUGGAAUGCUGAGAAAUGAAGACAUAGAGAAACUCUUAAUUAUGAUUAAUCCCGAAACUUGGGAUCCAACAUUUGAUCGAGAGGGUAAGGAUGAGCACAGAAAGGGCCUCCUGCAUAUGAAAAUGGCGGAGGGAGCAAAACUGCAGAUGUGCUACCUCCUCCACCACCUCUGUGAUGUGCAACUGCGUCACAGAGUCGAAUCAAUAAUUGCUUUUAGCCACGAUUUUGUCGGGGAGCUGCAGGCCGAUCAGCUGCGUCGUUAUAUCGAAAUAAAACAGUCAGAUCUACCCUCAGCGGUGGCAGCAAAGAAGACCAAAGAGUUUCGUUGUCCCCCGCGCGAGCAAAUGAAUGCGAUUCUCAGUUUUAAAAAGCUGGAGGAUGAUGAUCCAGACAACAUGCCGUGCGGCGAGGAUAUGACAAAAGUAAUGAAUGAAUUUCACAGUGUACUCAUGUCAUACGUGUCCCUACAUGCUCUUCAAGAAGCUGCUGAUGCAGCCAACGAGGUGGAAGAGGUAGAAAAGCCUGGAGCGAUGAGAAGAGUUCUUCAGAUGAUCACAAGUUCCACAAAAGAGUCCAGUGACUCUGAAAGUGAAAAGCAACCUGUUGUUGAGCCAGAGAAGAAGACACCGGAGGAGGUUUUUAGAAAAGUUCUUAUCUCAACGAUCACGAAAUGGGCUGAAGAGACUCAGAUAGAAACUCCGAAAUUAGUUCGAGAGAUGUUUAGUCUUCUGGUCAGACAGUACGACACAGUUGGUGAAUUAAUUCGAGCAUUAGAGAAGACCUACGUGACGAACAGUAAGACUAGGGAGGAUGUUGCUCAGAUGUGGGUGGGAUUAAGUCAAAUCCGUGCCCUCCUGCCAGUUCAAAUGUCCCAGGAAGAGGAGGAAUUGGUGAGAGAGCGACUCUGGAAACUGGUGAAUAAUCACACAUUCUUCCAGCAUCCAGAUUUAAUCAGAGUUCUUAGAAUACAUGAGAACGUGAUGGCUAUAAUGAUUAAUACUCUUGGGAGGCGGUCUCAGGCUCAAUCAGAUGCUCAGGCUCAGGCACAGGCUGCAGAGGGAGAAACACCUUCCAAGGAAAAGGAUACGUCACACGAGAUGGUUGUCGCUUGCUGCAGAUUCUUGUGCUACUUCUGUAGAACUUCUAGGCAGAAUCAGAAAGCCAUGUUUGAUCAUUUUGAUUUUCUCUUGGAGAACAGUAAUAUUCUGCUCUCCAGACCUUCACUGAGAGGCUCCACUCCUCUCGAUGUUGCCUAUUCCUCUCUGAUGGAGAAUACAGAGCUUGCAUUGGCACUGAGGGAACACUACCUUGAAAAAAUUGCAGUUUACUUGUCACGGUGUGGGCUUCAAUCGAAUUCGGAAUUGGUGGAAAAGGGCUAUCCAGAUCUUGGGUGGGACCCUGUAGAGGGAGAAAGGUACCUCGACUUCUUGAGAUUCUGCGUUUGGGUAAAUGGUGAGAGCGUGGAGGAAAAUGCAAACCUAGUGAUUCGCCUCCUCAUACGACGGCCAGAGUGUCUAGGACCCGCCCUGCGCGGAGCGGGCGAUGGUCUGAUGAAGGCCAUUGUCGAUGCCAAUAAAAUGUCAGAACGUAUCGCUGAUCGUCGAAAACGUUUUAAACAGGUACACGAUCAAUCAGAAGGGGACAUAGUGGGACAAUUCGAGCAUCCAUUACCCGAAUCUGAUGAUGAUGAGGAUUACAUCGAUACUGGCGCUGCUAUUCUCAAUUUCUACUGUACACUCGUUGAUUUAUUGGGUCGAUGUGCCCCAGACUCUUCAGUUAUCGAACAGGGAAAAAACGAGUCUCUUCGAGCCAGAGCGAUUUUACGCUCUCUCGUCCCUCUGGAAGACCUCCAAGGCGUCCUCUCCCUUCGCUUUACCCUCCUAAAUCCCGCUGCUGGUCAAGAACGACCAAAAAGCGACACCCCAUCCGGUCUAAUUCCCGGCCAUAAGCAAAGCAUCGUUCUUUUCCUCGAAAGAGUCUACGGAAUCGAAACAAAAGAGCUUUUUUUCCGACUCCUUGAGGAGGCAUUCCUCCCCGAUUUGCGCGCAGCCACAAUGCUUGAUAGAAACGAUGGCUACGAGUCAGACAUGGCUUUAGCGAUGAAUCGAUACAUCGGAGUCAGCAUUCUCCCCCUCCUCAUAAAACACUCGAAAUUCUACAACGAAGCUGACAACUAUGCAAGUCUCCUCGAUGCAACCCUCCAUACUGUCUAUCGUCUCAGCAAAAAUCGAAUGUUGACCAAAGGCCAGCGUGAGGCAGUGUCAGACUUCCUGGUGGCAUUGACCAGUCAGAUGCAGCCUAGUAUGCUCUUGAAACUCCUUCGCAAGCUUACCGUUGAUGUUUCAAAUCUAUCAGAAUACACGACAGUGGCUCUGAGACUUCUGACUUUGCACUACGAACGUUGUGCCAAAUACUACGGAUCCACAGGGGUUGGUGCCCAAGGUGCUUAUGGAGCCUCCAGCGAUGAGGAAAAACGCCUGACAAUGGUCCUCUUCGACAACAUCUUUGAUUCUCUAUCGAAAAUGGAUUACGACCCGGAAUUAUUCGGCAAGGCUCUCCCCUGUCUUACCGCCAUUGGUUGUGCCUUACCCCCUGACUACACAAUGCCCAAAACUUACGAUGACGAGUGGUAUAGCAGUAAAACCGCGUCAACACAAUCCCCAGACGGUCCUUACAAUCCUCAACCCAUCAAUACCUCAAGUGUAGUUCUCACAAAUGACUUGAACCAGAUCGUUCAAAAAUUCUCUGAGCAUUAUCACGACGCUUGGGCCAGUAGAAAAUUAGAGAACGGAUGGACUUAUGGGGAAUCCUGGUCAGAUGCAAACAAAACUCAUCCCCGAUUGAAACCUUAUAACAUGUUGAAUGAUUAUGAGAAGGAGCGAUAUAAGGAACCCGUGAGGGAGAGCUUGAAGGCAUUGUUAGCCAUUGGCUGGAGUGUGGAGCAUGCCGAGGUUGACACUCCCUCUACAAAUCGAAAUUCAUUGAGAAGAUCCUCGAAGGGUCAGGGAGAUGCUGCCAAUCCGUUCAACUAUAAUCCCCAUCCGGUCGACAUGACCAAUUUAACGCUCAGCAGAGAGAUGCAGAGCAUGGCGGAGAGGCUUGCUGACAAUGCCCAUGACAUUUGGGCUAAGAAAAAGAAGGAGGAGUUGAAUACGUCCGGAGGUGGAAUUCAUCCACAAUUAGUUCCUUACGAUCUCCUCACUGAUAAAGAAAAAAGGAAGGACAGAGAGAGGUCCCAAGAGUUCUUGAAAUAUCUUCAGUAUCAAGGAUACAAAUUACACAAGCCAAAUCGAGGUGGAGAUGGAGAAGUGACAGGACCCAAUGUAUCAGCUGAAAGUAGAUUCGCAUUUACCCUACUUGUCAAGCUCAUUGAAUACUUGGAUAAAGCGACUAUCAACAUGAAACUAUUGAAACCUUCAGAUACAUACAGCAGACGAAACAGCUUUAAAACGUCAACAAGAGACAUUAAAUUCUUCAGCAAGGUUGUUCUGCCACUGGUCGAGAAGUACUUCAGUACUCACAGAAAUUAUUUUAUCACUGUGGCAACACCUACGAAUAACGUAGGUGCUGCUUCAUUGAAGGAGAAGGAAAUGGUCGCAGCGCUUUUCUGCAAAUUAGCUAAUCUCUUGCGUUCAAGAUUAGCAGCAUUUGGUGCUGAUGUCAGAAUCACAGUUCGUUGUUUGCAAGUUUUGGUCAAAGGAAUUGAUGCUAAAUCACUGGUAAAGAGUUGUCCAGAGUUCAUUAGAACGUCUAUGCUAACGUUCUUCAAUAACACCGCCGAUGAUCUUGGCCAUACAAUUAUGAACUUGCAAGAGGGAAAGUACAGUCAUCUGAGAGGUACUCAUCUCAAAACAUCUACAUCUUUGUUCUAUAUUAAUAAUGUGGUUCUUGCGACGUUGACGGCAAUGUUUGAUCAUCUAGCUGCUUGCGAAUACGGCAGUGAUCUUCUUCUUGACGAGAUUCAGGUUGCCUCCUACAAGAUGUUGGCCUCACUCUAUACCCUGGGCAUUGACUCCACCCUGACACACGAUAGAAAAUAUUUGAAGACAGAGAUCGAGAGGAACAAACCAAACUUGGGAUCAUGUUUGGGUGCAUUCUCCAGUUGCUUUCCCGUGGCAUUUUUAGAGCCGCAUUUGAAUAAGAAUAAUCAGUUCUCAUUAUUGAAUCGAAUUGCUGAUCAUUCAUUGGAGGCACAGGAUAUCAUGACGAGAAUGGAGUCGAGUAUGCCUACGUUGGAGACAAUUCUCACUGAAGUGGAUCAAUUCGUUGAGUCUGAUAAGACUUACAAUGACGCUCCCCACGUGGUCGAUGUCAUUCUUCCACUUCUCUGCUCUUAUCUGCCAUUCUGGUGGGCCCAGGGACCUGAUAACAUCACUCCCACUGAAGGAACUUAUGUCAGCAUGGUGACAAGUGAUCACAUGAAUCAAUUACUUAAGAAUGUCUUAAAGUUGAUAAAAAAAAAUAUAGGUAAUGAAAAUGCACCCUGGAUGAUACGGAUUGCUGCUUAUACGCAGCAGAUUAUUAUUAAUUCCUCUGAAGAGCUUCUCAAAGAUCCGUUCUUGCCGCUCGCUGAACGCGUGAGAAAACGUACUGAUACUAUGUUCCAUAAGGAAGAAUCUCUUCGAGGUUUCAUCAAAUCCUCCACUGAUGAUACGUCCCAGGUGGAGGCGCAGAUCCAGGAAGACUGGCAGCUUCUAGUAAGAGAUAUAUAUGCCUUCUAUCCUCUGCUGAUCAAGUAUGUUGAUCUCCAAAGAAAUCACUGGCUCAGGAAUAACAUCUCAGAGGCAGAAGACUUGUACAAUCACGUGGCAGCGAUCUUCAAUAUCUGGUCAAAGUCUCAAUAUUUCUUGAAGGAAGAGCAGAAUUUCAUCUCUGCUAAUGAGAUUGACAACAUGAUUCUGAUCAUGCCAACAGCCACUAGAAGAACAGCCACUGUGACUGACGGAUCUCCAGCCGGUGGAGGUGGCAAGAAGAAGAAAAAAAAUCGAGAUAAGAAGAGGGACAAGGACAAAGAGGUUCAGGCAUCACUAAUGGUGGCUUGUCUUAAACGUCUGCUUCCGGUUGGUCUAAACUUGUUUGCCGGACGGGAACAGGAAUUAGUUCAACAUUGCAAGGACAGAUUUUUGAGUAAACUCCCGGAGGGUGACAUUGGUGAAUUUGCCAAAACGCAGCUGACACUUCCGGAUAAACUCGAUCCUGCAGAUGAGAUGUCUUGGCAGCACUAUUUAUACUCCAAACUUGGUCAGAAGAAGGAUUCACUUGAGACUGUGAAGCCUCAACAGUUGGAAGAUGUCGUUGCUAGAAUUACUGACAUGGCAAAAGUCCUGUAUGGACUGCAUAUGAUAGAUCAUCCCCAACAGCAGAGCAAGAAUAUUUAUAGAUCCGUGGUAUCGAUCGAACGGAAACGUGCAGUUAUCGCUUGUUUCCGUCAAACUCCCUUACAUUCUUUACCCAGACAUCGUGCAAUCAACAUUUUUGCAAGAACAUAUUACGAGCUGUGGCUUCAGGAUGAGAAUGUUGGACAGGAAAUAAUGAUCGAAGAACUGACGCAAACCUUUGAAGAGGCAGAGUUGAAAAAAAUGGAUAAAGCAGAAGAAGAAGGAAAACCCGAUCCAUUAACUCAACUUGUCACAACAUUCUGUCGAGGAGCAAUGACGGAACGCUCUGGAGCUCUCCAGGAAGACCCACUUUACAUGAGCUAUGCCCAGAUCAUCUCUAAAUCGUGCGGUGAAGAAGAAGAAGAAGGAGAGGCUGAGGAAGGUGGAGGUGAGGGUGGUGGUGGUGGUGGUGGUGAGGAUGGUGGCCCUUCAAUUCACGAACAAGAAAUGGAGAAACAAAAGCUCAUUUUCCAUCAAACUCGCUUGGCAAAUCGAGGAGUGGCCGAAAUGGUACUUCUCCACAUAUCAGCUUGCAAAGGAAUUCCCAGCGAAAUGGUUAUGAAAACCCUAGAACUAGGAAUUUCAAUUCUUCGAGGGGGUAACAUAGAGAUUCAAAAAGGAAUGCUUAAUCAUCUGAAGGAGAAAAAAGAUGUUGGUUUCUUCACCUCGAUAGCCGGUUUGAUGAAUUCAUGCGGUGUCUUGGAUCUCGAUGCUUUUGAAAGGAAUACAAAAGCUGAGGGUUUAGGCGUUGGCUCUGAAGGUGCAGCUGGUGAGAAAAAUAUGCACGACGCUGAUUUCACGUGUGCACUAUUCAGGUUUAUUCAACUGACGUGUGAGGGUCACAAUCAGGAGUGGCAGAAUUACUUAAGAACCCAAGCAGGCAAUACGACGACUGUCAAUGUCGUUAUCUGCACUGUGGACUAUCUCCUCCGACUACAGGAAUCGAUAAUGGAUUUUUAUUGGCACUAUUCUAGUAAAGAGCUUAUCGAUCCAGCAGGUAAAGCCAAUUUUUUUAAAGCCAUUGACGUGGCAAGUCAAGUUUUCAACACGCUGACUGAAGUAAUUCAGGGUCCCUGCACACAGAAUCAACAAGCAUUGGCUCACUCUCGUCUCUGGGACGCAGUAGGGGGUUUCCUCUUCUUAUUUUCACACAUGCAGGACAAAUUAUCAAAGCACUCAAGCCAAGUUGAUCUCCUCAAGGUCCUUCUAAAUCUGCAAAAAGAUAUGAUCACAAUGAUGCUCUCAAUGCUUGAAGGAAAUGUCGUCAAUGGAACAAUCGGCAAACAGAUGGUGGACACUCUAGUAGAAUCCGCAGGGAAUGUCGAGCUGAUUCUCAAGUACUUCGACAUGUUCCUGAAGUUAAAGGAUUUAGUAACAUCGCCAAGUUUCUUAGAAAUUGAUUCGAAUAAUGACGGCUGGGUGUAUCCCAAGGAUUUCAAAGAAAAGAUGGAACAGCAGAAGAGUUACACUCCCGAGGAGAUUGAAUUCAUGUUAGCCUGCUGUGAGACUAAUCACGAUGGAAAGAUCAAUUAUGCAGCAUUCAUGGGUCGCUUCCACGAACCCGCUAAGGAGAUCGGUUUUAAUCUCGCAGUGUUGCUCACUAAUUUAUCAGAGCACAUGCCCAAUGAGCCUCGGCUCGCAAGAUUUCUCGAGACGGCGGGCUCAGUUCUCAACUAUUUCGAGCCCUUCCUCGGUAGAAUUGAAAUUUUAAACGGCAAUAAGAAAAUCGAGCGAGUUUAUUUCGAGAUUAAAGAAUCGAAUAUUGAACAGUGGGAAAAACCCCAGAUCAAGGAGUCUAAGAGACAGUACUUUUACACUACAGUGGUGGAUGCUGGAGACAAAGAGUUACUUGAGACAUUCAUAAAUUUCUGUGAAGACGCUAUCUUUGAGAUGCAGCAUGCAAGUUCUCUGAUGGCAGUGGAAGACUCGGUUGGUCCAAAUAAAGUUAGAGAGUCAUCGUACACUUAUUUGGGUGAUGACGAGGAGGAGAAGAACAAGGAUCCAUUUAGGAGAGGCUUGCAAGUCUUCAAAGACGGUGUUUCACUUUUUUUCUCCAUGUUUUCACCUGCUAAUAUCAAGACAAAAAUAGCUGAGAUGCAGCAGAUGACCAUUCCCGAAUUAAUCGUUGGAUUCUUCAGGAUGAUGUUCUAUGCUGUUUAUUACUCUGGAUUCGGUAUUGGAGUUAUUCUUAAUUAUUUCUUGAAGAUCCUGUUGACAUUGAUGAGGGGACCAAAUACAGAGGAGGAAGUUGUGGAGGUGAAGGAAGAGGAGGAGAAGCCAUUGCGGCACUUGCCAGCCCUACCACCAACACCGGAUGAAUCUAAUCUCCAGAUCCAGGCGUUUGGAAUGGAUAUAACUAAGGAGGAUGGUGGACAGAUGAAGAUAGCACCACACGAGUCAAAUACGCUAACACCACAAUCGAGUAUGGAAGAGGCUGGUGAAAGUACUCCAGAAGAGGGAGUAGGGGAUGAAGCGAACAAGCCUGGAGAUUCAGAAGGUCCGAUGUCAUUUGCAGACCUCCUUGGAGGUGAACAGGCAAAAGCAGAAGCUGCUGCCGCCGCUGAGGCUGCUGCAGCUCAGGAAGCGGCAAUGGCGGCGAUUGCUGCUAAUAAACAAGUUCCCUCAGUCGAACCUACAGCAGUUCAUGGAACAGAUUCAAAAUAUUACAAAAGAAUUGUCUCUUAUUUGGCAAGAAAGUUCUACAGUCUCAAGUGGAUGGCCCUGGUGCUCGCCUUUUCCAUCAAUUUCACCCUGCUGUGCUACAGGGUUACCUCACUUGAUGCUGCUGGUGGUGACAGCAGUAAGGAAUUGCUGACUGACAUAAUUGGAGAUGCGUCCGGAGAGGGUUCUGGCUCCGGAGGUGGUCCAUUCGAAGCUAGUGGUGGAGGGGAAGAGGGCUCUGGGGAGGAUAUGGAAGAUCUUCUGGAGUACGUCGAUGUGCCUGAGGAUUAUCAGUAUAUGUCUUAUGUAAUGAGGUGCAUGGCUGUCGUGCACACUAUUGUCUCGCUUGCUAUGCUCAUCGCUUAUUAUCAGCUUAAAGUACCACUGGCUAUAUUCAAAAGAGAGAAGGAAAUAGCUAGGAGAGUAGAGUUUGAUGGAUUAUAUAUUGCUGAGAGUCCAGAUGAGGACGACAUCAAAGCGCACUGGGAUAAAAUGGUCAUUUCAGCGAAAUCAUUUCCCGAUAAUUAUUGGGAUAAAUUCGUGAAGAAGAAAGUCAGACAGAAAUACAGUGAGACGUAUGAUUUUGAUUAUAUUAGUAAUCUCCUUGGACUCGAGAAGACAUCGUUCAGUCAACAGGAGAAUGAUGGCAGUGGAAUUUUUCAUCGAUUUACCACUUGGGAUUGGAGAUAUUCAAUUUGGAAGGGAGGAGUUACAAUCACUGAUAAUUCAUUCUUGUACAGUUUCUUCUAUCUUAUAUUCUCCAUUGCUGGCAACUAUAACUAUUUCUUCUUUGCUGCUCAUCUGCUUGAUGUAGCAGUGGGCAUCAAGGCCCUCAGAACCAUUCUCCAAUCUGUAACGCACAAUGGCAAGCAACUACUCAUGACUGUGGGAUUGUUAACCAUUAUUGUGUAUAUUUACACGGUUAUUGCGUUCAAUUUUUUCCGAAAGUUCUAUGUGCAAGAGGAGGAGGGCGAGGUGGAUAGAAAGUGUCAUGAUAUGUUGUCAUGCUUCACUUUUCAUCUUUAUAAGGGGGUCAGAGCUGGUGGAGGUAUUGGAGAUGAGAUUGAAGCACCGGAUGGAGAUGACUCAGAAUUGUACAGAAUUAUAUUUGACAUCACAUUCUUCUUCUUUGUCAUCGUUAUUCUGCUUGCUAUUAUUCAGGGUUUGAUUAUCGAUGCGUUUGGUGAACUUCGUGAUCAACUCGAAAGCGUAAAAACCAAUAUGGAAAGUAAUUGUUUCAUCUGCGGCCUUGGAAAGGACUAUUUCGAAUCGGUGCCACAUGGAUUCGAUACGCACGUACAAAAGGAACACAAUCUCGCAAAUUAUAUGUUCUUCCUCAUGCACCUCAUCAAUAAACCAGACACCGAGUAUACGGGUCAAGAGACUUACGUGUGGAAUAUGUAUCAACAAAGAGUGUGGGACUUCUUUCCAGUGGGUGAUUGCUUCCGAAAACAAACCGAGGCUGUCGAGGAGGAUGUCAAAAAGAAAUAGUUUCAUACAUACUUUUUCCUUCGAAAUUUGGUGAGCUACGAGGGCGUUGAAACAUUGAAUGGAAAAAAUUAAUAAUUAUUACACAGACAAUCUUAAGUAGUAGCGAGCCUCGAGCAGAUUUCAAGCUCGUCUGUGGCAUUGAAAUAAAAUUUGUCAAAGCUGUAGGAUUUUUAAAAAUUACAUAUUAGUAGCGCCAAAACCUGUCGCAAUUGAAUUCACCUAUUUUUUCAAUUUUGUAAUGGCUCGAUGCGAUUGUGAAGUCACUGGAAUUUCUUCAUUUACAUGAAUUAAAAUAAAUGUUAAAAAAUGUUCAAAUCAUUUGAAAAAUGGUAAUGGCACAACAAAAUGAGGAGACGUUUCUCUUAAUUUUAAUUAAUUAAUCAAUCAAUUUGUUAUUCUUGACUAUGUUUAAAUGAAUAUAUCUGUUAUUUAUUGGUGAGACGUUAUUAUAUACAAGUGAAUUUGUGGGUUCUUCAACGAAUAAUCUACGGUGAAUUUCUUUUUUCUUUCGUUUUCUCCUCAACUGUAAUGACUGACCUCAUCAUGUUAUCAAUUGAUAUUGUUAGAGUAUUGUAAAUAAAAGGACAUUCUUCGGCAGGGCUAUCCGAGAAUAAAAAUAUUUAAAGUGUUA